UAUCUAUAAGAUUUCAGAGCUUUAGGAGUGUUUAAGUGCAACUUCAAUUCUGUGAUUUGACUGAGUCCAUCAAGAAAAGUUCAUUAAAUACAUUGUGAAGAGUAAGACGACCACUGAAACAAUGGAUAACAGCAGACUUCACCAAACCUUUGACUCAUACGAAAGGCCUUUGGCUUCAUCUACAUUUAUCGGGAAUGAAAAGAAGAAACCAUAUAAUGAUAGUAAUGCAAGAAAUAAAUACAUGGAGUAUGAUGCAUUCAGGGAAGGCAAUGUAAAAAAUAAAAUAAGUUUCUGGGAGGAACAUUCUAGGAAGUUCGCAGAAAAACAUGGCUUUGUGGACGUCCCACAGAAGAAGAUUGCGAAAACAAAAUUCAAACUGGUGAAAUCUGGAAUUUAUUCCUGCUCGGGCCCUCAUCCAGGGUUCCAUUUCAUUAGCAGCGAAACAGUCACAUCGACUGGAUCCUCAGGAUAUAUCACCACAAGCAAUAGAGUCACAUCAAUCUCCACACCAACAAGUGAAUCUGGGAUUGAUUCAAAUGAGGAACAACAUGUUGAUGAAGAUGUUGGGAAGUUUGAUGAAGAAGCCAAAUCUCAAGAAAAUUCUGAUACAGAUAUGGGUAUUUAUACGUCUUACGAAACAGAAAAUGACAUGAAUGAUUAUUUUGAGACAGAGGAAUCUGCUGAAUCAACGAAUGAGGUAGAUUGGAAUGAUCCAGUAGACUGCAAAGAGGAAAUUACUCAAAUGACUGCUGAUUUUGUAACGGAGGUUAGUCAAGACGAUCCAACAGAGGUUCGGCCUACACGAAAUCUGUUUCUGCGCAUUCACAGAGCUGCCUCGAUGUACACGAAAGAAAUUGUUUUAUUUUAUGUAUUUUUCAGAAUAGCAGCAAUCAUUCUUUCCUUGCUAUCCUAAUUUUUUCAAUGUUAAGUUACAAUGUUCCUUCUUCUGUCGUUAUUCAACACUGCAAGGCAU